GGACACAGCCCUGCAAAAAUACCAAGUAAUAGAAGCUUACAUAAAGGCUUGUACCGCCUGCAAGAUAUCGUUCUCUUCUGUUUCUUUAGUCUGCUUGAUUGCUUCGUCACCUUUUUCUUCGCAAUUCCUCGGUAGUCAUUACAUUCAAUUCGCACUGUCGGAAUCAUGUCGGAACCAAAGCACGAAGUCUCUCAUCAGGAUGAAGACGAUCAAGCUUUAAACUUUCUACCUGGUAACCCGGACGAGUACUCUGCGUUGGAAAAGAAGCUUAUCCGCAAGGUUGACUGCAGGCUGAUGCCGGUAUUGAUUGCUAUGAUCGUGCUGAACUACCUAGACCGUAACGCCCUCCCCAACGCUCGUAUUCAGGGUAUCGAGAAAGAUCUCGGACUACUUCCGGGGCAGUACAACACUUCUAUCUCGGUCCUCUUUGCUGGGUAUCUAGCGCUACAAAUUCCCUCCAACAUAUUGCUCACGCGCGUGCGCCCCAGCAUCUACCUCCCUGUUUGCAUGGCACUCUGGGGCGCCGUGUCUGCUUCUACUGCUGCCGUCAAGAACUUUGAGGGUCUAGUGGUCUGCCGUUUCUUUCUCGGCUUCCUCGAGGCACCCUUUUUCCCCGGCGCCCUGUUCCUGCUAAGCAGUUGGUACACCCCCCAGGAGCUUGCGACCCGCACAGCGGUGAUGUACUGCGGCAGUCUAUUGUCAAGUGCAUUCGGAGGUCUCAUUGGCGCGGGUGUCCAGUAUGGCCUGGAUGGCGUCCACGGCCUCGAACCUUGGAGGUGGCUGUUCCUUAUUGAGGGUGCCGUCACUGUGGUCCUCUCUCUACUGUCCAUAUUCAUGCUACCGGACUUCCCCUCUACGACACGCUGGCUAUCGGAUCAGGAAAAGGCCAUCGCCACACAUCGACUGCGCAUGUUCAGCGGUAGCCGAGAUGAGGAGCGUGGUCCUUUACUGAUGGGCGUGCGCAUGGCCGUGUCCGACUACAAAGUCUGGCUGCUCUCGCUCAUUGUUAUCCUUAAAACAUCCGCUGGUGCCGUUACGGCCUUCAUUCCCACUCUGGUCGCCACCUUCAAGUAUGGCAAAGUGCAGUCGCUGCUUAUGACGGCACCGCCGUACGUCCUCGCUGCCAUUGUUUCGCUGGUCAUCUCUAUAUCCUCCGACAGGCGUGAAGAGCGGUACUUUCAUCUCGUCGGGCCGUUGGUCUUUGGCAUGAUUGGCUACAUUAUUGCCGCCUCGACAACGUCGCUCGCGGGGCGUUACUUCUCACUGUUCCUCAUGCUUGGUGGUGUUUACGGUAGCUUUGACAUCACUUAUGCAUGGAUCUCGUCCACGCUCCCACGCCCCAUUGAGAAACGCGCCGCCGCUUUCGCCAUUGCCAACAUGGUUGGCAAUAUGGCACAGAUCUACUCGCCCUACAUGUACAACGCCGAGCUCUAUGCACCACGGUACGUUCCCGCAAUGAUUUGCAACACGAUUUUUGUACUUGCCGCUAUCGUUGCCGCGACCCUGCUUCGCUUCUGCCUUAAACGCGAGAAUGCCGAGCUCGAGGCCGUGGAGGUCGCUCAAGCCGCUGCUGAGCCAAACCCUGACCCCAAACAUGGCGAAGAGAUUAUUCAGAGUGCGCCGGGUGGAUUGUUGAGGUUGAACCCAGGGUUCCGCUACACGCUAUGAUUUGGGGUUACCUGUUUAAGAGAUGAACACUUCAGCAGGCGAUUGUCAUUAAAGCCAAAGUAGCGUCGAGUAGCGCAGGCGAAAGAGCGAAGCAAGUUAAAGCCUUACAUUACAAUAUAGUAGAAGCGAACAAAAGAUCCAUCCACGUAACUAAAAGUAACACUUAAUAUUCUUUUAGACGCACAAACCCUGGCUUCUAAGUUCUACUUAUAGUAGUAUCAGCUUCUUUAUUUAUAAGUAAGAAUAUAUGGUAUGUUAUGG